AUGGACGAUGUUCGACAUGAUCCCAUCGAGGUGACCCUGUGCCGGAAUGUCAAGAAGGACCUGGCCAAGAGCAUUGAUGCCAUGACCGGUGGCCAGGAUGACGAGUGCUUCUGGGAAACCUGCGAGCAGGAGCAUGUGAACUUGUACGUGGACGUCUACAUGGAAAAUGGUGAGCCCAGACUGUCGCCACCUCGACCACCACGGUUGCCAUCACCUGACCAGCUUCGAGACGAGAGCUUUGAACUGCGUGCGUGUGGCAAACGUGCUAGAUGGACUCAGGAGCAAGGCUACCUGGUAAUGCUCUGCCUGGAUCCGCGGCGCGUGCCCAUCCAUUCGGUUGGACCUGGGCACCGCACUCUGCGCUGGACAGCGGUGCGGGAAGAUGAUGAAUGGAGGUGGUGCGAGAAAGAAUGCCAGGGACCCGUGGACAAGGAUGUCUUUGAAGCAAACUCGGCUAUGAUCUACUAUGCCUGGGACAAGGCUGAAAGUAUGACCCUGGCAGAAGGACACGAGCUGAGCGCGGCGGGCUGCCGGAAUGAUAUCAUCCAGUACGUGCAGCUUUACUUUCGGUGUGCUGGUUGUGAUCUGGAGCAGCGACCCCCUACUAGACUGCCAGCGGCCACCCCGAGAUGUUACGACUUCAACGUGGUCAUCGGGAUCGACGUGCUUUUCAUCCACGGGCUGGACAACAAGACUGAGCACCCUGUCCUUAACGUCACGUGCCUUGGGACGCUGUACUCCACCUUCGGCUUGAUCGAUCCGCUGCGCCGUUCGGCAAAGCUCACCUUGAAGGCCUUUGAGAGGCUGUGGGUGCGGACAUUCGGGCCGCCAGACUUCCUCUUGUAUGACAUGGGCACCGAAUUCACUGGCGGUGACUUCCAAAGCGGCAUCGAGCGCAUGUGCAUCCAACCGAUAGUCUGUGAUCAGGAUGCGCCAUGGGAAAAUGGUGUAUGUGAAAGGCGCGGUGAUCUUUUCAAGAAAAUUUACUACAAAAGCCGCGAGCUUGCACAACCACGUGACUUGGACGAGGUCGAGUUGCUGGUGUUCGAGUCGGCCUGGGCCCUUCAGACGAGCGUCAACCGAUCUGGGUUCACUCCAGCCCAGCGUGUCCUUGGACGACAACCACGAGUGGCGCUGGACUUGGCCAGCGACGACAAGCACUACGAGCUCUCGGUCACGCAGGACAAGGCAUGGACGCGAGCUUCAGAGCUGCGGCAGGCAGCACGGAAAGCGCUGCUGGAACUUGGUGCCAAGGAGCGGGUGCAGAGAGCAAGCAGGGCAAAACCACGGAGGCAGUUGGAGAACCAGGUCUUCACCGAGGGACAACCCGUGGUCGUGUGGCGGCAGGGCCGUCGUGGCGCCCUCUCCAAAGUUGGACCGUGUUUCGUAGUCCUCCAACGUGGCUCGACAGUCUGGGUCACGAGGCGCGGCGAAUUGUGGAAGUGCAACGUUGCGCAAGUCUUCGCAAUGGGACCACUGGAGGUCCAAGGUUUGGAAGCAAUUCCGAGGGACCUGCUCAUGGCCAAGGAGCGGAGAAUGUCGACAGUGGUGAUCUUGAAAGAUCCCCCCUUGAUGGACCGGAAGCUCCAUCAUCAGCACCUCUUCCCCCGCAAGACCACCGAGCAGUUCCUAGAGAACCACCACUUCUUCCUGGAGGAGCCACCUUCGGACGUCGAGGGUACUCCCCAGAUGAGUUACCUCAACCACCGCAAGACCGAGCAGUUCCGAGAGAACCACCGCUUCUUCCUGGGGGCCAUGAUCUACAUGAACCACCAACGUCCAGGGGUGAACCGACAACAACCAGAACCGGGCCGAGGCAGACGGGAGUUCCACUUCAGUCACGUGGGCCACGAAUGGAUCAACCCGAACCACCACCAAUACUUCCAGCAGGACAUGAACCAUCAGCAUCAUCCACGGCGUCAGUGGCCACAAGCCGUGGAUAUCAAGAAGUGGACGCGCUUCGACAACAAUGCCGACCGCUUCAGGGUCUCUAGCAGUAAAGGGCCAAUGUGGAGCGAUGUCACGAGACGAGUCACUUUGGACUUGGACACGGGCAGGGUUGUUGCCGAUGAGGAGUUCACCGGCGACGAGCGACCGCGGAUGCUGAGCCGAGCUCUUCCCCAAGGAGUCAAGAACAUAGAGACGACUCUGUUUUACCGUCCCCGACCUGGACAUCCUGACCCAGGAGUUCCUGUGGAAAGCCAAGCAGGCCGCCAGGAGAACAUGGACGAGGAUCGCAGACUCUUCGACCGUGGCCUCAAGCGAGCACAUGAUGGCACCGGACAACAUGGCAACCCACAACCAAAGUCGAAGGUCGGCGGCAUCUGGGUGGCUGACGUUGUGACGCCCUGGGGUGAUAAAAGGAAGUUCCCUGUCAUUGCGAAUGCCCGAGACCUUCAGGCCUUUAGCAAGCUGGUCAAGACCGACGUCUUCUACACGUACUCUGAGCUCCACUCUGGCUGGAUAUGCUUGACCAAGAAAUCAGGCAAGGAGAUCCAGGAGCGCAACCUGACGAGCCAGGAGCGGAGAAUGUUUGAUGAGGCCAAGCUCACCGAGAUUGAGAACUUGGAGGGCUCCAGCGCCAUCAGCUUCGUCACCGAUUCCGAGGAAAUCCGGAAGAUCAAGGAGUCCUUCAGCCACAGGAUCAUGCCCCCCCGCUUCAUCCUGACAAAGAAGCAGCAGGAACUUGGGCAGACCUGGAAAGCCAAAGCCAGGUGGAUCCUUCUUGGACAUCGUGACAUCGUGAUCCGGAUGCCCAAGAGCUUGAGAGAUAUGCUCCAACACCGCCGACCCCGACGGUGUACCUGGCCUUUCAAAUUCUCAGCAGCCUCCGCUAUAUGA